AUGGGUGAGAGCUCGAUACUGAGGCUCUCCCACGCCCAGCACCAACAUACUGUUACGCAAAGGCCGAGGAGGUCACCAAGAACCGGGGGACAAAGGAUUGAAUGCGACCGUUGUGACGGGUUCCCCAACGGUCUCGAAGGCAAACAUGACCUGCCAAAAGACAAAGAGCGCAGCCUGAAACUUGACUUCUUCGACUAUACCUGUCUCCAGGAGGACAUCCACGCUGGUGGCCAUGCGAUGCUUCCAGCAAUGAGGGCUGCGGUGACUACGAUGAUCAGUUACGAUCAGCUACCAGGACUUGGCAACAUCUCGGCCGCCAUCACGGCACCAACUAGCUUGGCGAACCAGCCUCAGGACGCCGUGAGAUCGUGCGAAAAGGACCAGAACUUGGCAUACCCGCCCGCCAGAGCCGCAAGAAGCACAACCAGAUCGACGAUCAAAGUCUCUUCUGGCCGGUAUACUGGCUACUGGGGUGAAGAAUUGACCUUGGCUGGCUUGGAAUAUCACUUCGUAUUAGACCUCGUCAGGAAAUCUCAUGCUGCAGUCGCAAGCGACACCGCUCACGCUGGCAUCAUCGACAAGCAAGUCGGCCAAGACCGCUCUUCAUCAAUCUCUAUGUCGCUUCAUACCCAUUUGUCGCGCGCCUCCCCUCGAUACAUUGACUCGACAAGAACGCGGUUUGGCCUCUAG